AAACUAGUACUAAUACCAGCGCAAAACCAGAAAUAGACAAAAUACAAUCAACAAAAGUGUUUCAAAACUGUUGAAUUAGAAACGCAGCUAUCGUUGAAAGUCAAUCUGCUUAAUUGAUGUGUUUUUAAAAAUUCCCCAAAACCAUUAGCCUCCGGCAAUCAGAAUUCGCUUUGCUGUGCGCUUACGUUACGUUAAUUUGUCCAUUUCCUUGAAAGGAUGACCCUGCCCCGCUUGGAAACUCCGCUCAGGCGGUCCGCGGUGGGCAGUUACCAAGAGGGGGUGUCCCGCAUGCUAACCCCCCUUAACGACGACGAGGCGGAAAGGCGGGAAGCUCGCCGUCGCACGCUCCUGCAGCAGCAGAACCGCCCAAGCACUCUGGAGUCCAUCGAAGACAAUGAGACCAUCAGAAACUGUCUGGAGAUCUACAAUGGCAACAAGCUAAGCAAGGACAACGCUUGGAACCUAAUGCUAAUCGAUUCCCUGGCCAAUCUGCUGGAUCACCAUCACAAGCGCAUGAGUAACUUUAAGAUGGCAGGUUCCUCUUUAGAAGCCUCUUCCAAGGUGUACGGUCUGCGUGUGGACUCCAUAUACCUGGAUGCCAUGCGCAUUUCAGCUGGCUUGAGUGCUCGAACUCUUACGGAUAAGCAACUCAACGCUGCCGAGGAUGAUGAUGGCCUUCAAGGUGAACAGGCGACUGGCGAGAGACAGGAUUCAGCGCAGCAGGCUGCCAAAGAAGCAGCGCCCAAGCCCAAACGGCAAAAGAAGCCCAUAUCUACAGUGACCAAAAACAGAGAUACGUUAAACAGCCGACUGGAUACAGCUCCCUUGCAGGAUCCUGUGUUUGGAAAGCUAAACUCCACUGUGGGCUCUAUAAAUGCUUCGAAUCGUCUCAUGCACAACAUUCUUCCAAGUUUCGACUCGGAAUUGCGCUUGCGCACCACCUACAAUUUUUGGAACAGCGAAGAGUCCACCGUAGAGGUCCAGGACCACACUACGCUCAAUGCAGAUAUGGAACAAUGGCCAGCCGAAUCGCUUAUUAACACCAAUCUCAUGCGCAAAUUGCUGCCACAUGCUGAGAGAUCAAAUCUGCGUCCGCUGCACACUGGCUACAUCAUCACAAGUGCUCCUAACCCCAAGGCGGCCAACGAAAAGGCAACAGAGGCAGUGCAGGAUGAAGAUCACGACGAGGGUCUGGAUAAUGCUGAUGAUAUGUGUGUAAAUGAGAUUUCCAUGGCCUUUGACAUUAAUGCCGAGUGUGAGCCCAUGCCGGACUUUGAUGGACCACCGCCUCUGGUUCUGGAGGUGGACUCCAAUGAAAUGGAAGAGCUCACUACCGAGGAGCAAACGGUGAUCAAUAAUUGUCGCCGGCUACACAAGCAGACAGAGUUCAUCGAGGAUUUGCGACCGGUAGACGGAAAUUCUAAGCUAGAGUACUCCUACAGGCCGAUGGAUCAAAUUUCCCAGUUUUGGGCCGGUCCCUCGCACUGGAAGUUUAAGCGCACUCGCCCGCGCAGCACUUUCUCGCAGACCAAUGGCCAGGUGGACACCCAGCCUAUUCGCAGUCAACGACCCAAGAAGUCAGCUCUUCUGAGCGCCAACCGAAAAGCCAAGGCUGUAGAUUACGGCAAUGUGACGGAAAACUUUUUUCAACAGCUGGACACCACAAUAAGGCAGCGCAGGGUGAAUUUCCAAAAGAAGUGGGAUCCUCGAAAGCUGAUAUUGCCCACCAAGUUUGAUUUGGAGCCGGAUCUUUUCUUUAAAUACGACUCUGCUCCCAGCAUAAAGUUGUCGAAAUGCGUUGGUGAACCUGAUUCGGAUGAGGGCGGAGAUCUUGGCAUCGAUAUGGAUGCGGAUAUGCACCACGAUGAUGACAAUGACCAGGGGCUAUUCAACAACGAACAUUUUACGGAUGCUGUUCCUGCCAACGUGAGCGUUAUUGCGGCGAUUGCGGCGGAACAAGCUGGCGAGGCAAGCAUAAUGGACGUGGACGCGGGGGAGAUGGGUCUCGCUCAAAUGAACGCCACUUGCAAUAAUACAGUCUUCGAGAUUGGCACAGAGUUUGAGGGUGCUCCAUCGCAGGUUGCCAAAGUGAUUGUACCAUUCGCGAAGAGAGCCAAGGUGAUAGACAUGAAGAAUCUGAAAAAGUCCUGCAACUCCCUAAUACAGAAGCAACUACUAAACGCUGUGCCAGAAGAGACGAUACCCUCGCAUCCAAAGAAAAAGAACGAACACUAUUCAAAGGGAGUCGCGAGUUUCCAACAGGUGUAUGACAAGCUGCCCAAUCUAUUGACCACCAAAAUGGCAGACUCGCUGUCCCCGUCGGUGGCUUUCUAUGCGGUUCUGCAUUUGGCCAACGAUUUGAAACUUCGGUUAAUUCCUCAAGAAAAUUUAGAGGACUUUCAAAUUCGUCAGGUAGUGGAUUAAAUUCCUUUAAUGAGUUUGCAAUUCGUAGUUUUAGUCGCCCCUGAAUGCUGUUACAUUUCUUUCGCCGGCUACACAAUAAUCUCCUAAUUGUAUUUUUAACUUUGUAACCCCAAAUCGUAUCAGUAUUCUCAAACAAAUACCCUCACCCCAGUCGAAUCGGAUUUUUUAAUUCACAAACAAAGCAUUGUUCUGAUUUAAACACUAGGUUAUAGACAAUAAAAUUGAAAACAUCUAAAA